CAAAGGCUAGUGUACGAAGGUUUUGGAGCAGAGGAACUUUAGAGCUGUGAUUUGAGUCGGGGGAACGUUCGCAAAGUGUUUUCGAAAGGAUAGCUAAGGAGAAAACCUGGGUGGGAGCAGAAGUUAGUGAUAUGCCGGUGGAGCAAGCUUUAGAUGGAGGAUCGACGGAAGCUUAGUUAUAAGAAUGAGACUUAUAUUUUUAGUCUCUAUUUUAAGCUUGAAUUGUAUUUAGUUUGAAUUAUGAGUGAGGGUUUGUAUAAUAAUGAGGAAAACUGUUAUUCCUCCUCCUAUCAACUGUUCUAUUGUAUCAAUGAUGUAAGAACUCUAUUAUAGUUUAAUGCUAUAAUAAUUGGGAUGUUACAGUAUCAACGACGAGUUCAAGAAAUCACCACCCAAGUGGCUCAAAUGGUGACUGUUAUCAAUCAGCUGACAAGGAAAAAUGAAGAGGAGAAAGGGGCAACAAACAAUGAAGCACCACUGAUGGUAGCUGCUGCCCCAGAAUUUCAAGAGAUUGAGUGUCCUACCACCUCUGUAUACUCUAAUCCUUCUUUCACUGAUUCAUAUUAUGCUUUAAAUUUUGAUAAUUCCAAUUCUCUGAUGAGUGAUGAUUAUAUGAGUGCAUCUGUUGAUAUUUCUGAAUGUGUAUGUGAACCUUAUGACCAUAAUUACACUGAUACUCAUUUUGAAAAGCUAGUUGAUGGUUUUAGGGAGUUGACUGUGAUUCAUGAUUGUAAUAGCUUUGUUGUUGUCCCUAUAUCUGAAUUUACCACUGCUAAUGUUCAAUUGAGUGAAAAUGUGUAUUAUGAUGAUGAUAGUACUGAACCUCAUUCUGAAAUUAGUUGUACUGUUGAUUUAAAUUCUGAUUUUAAAGCUGAACCUAUUGUGCUGGAAGUACAAACUGAUUUCAGAAAGUCCAAAGAGUAUUUGAAAAAAAUUAGGGAAGCUGCUGACCAUGUUUUGGUGCUUCAGUACUAUGAAAUGGAUUUUGAUGCUGAUGUGUGUGAGCUUGAAAUUGAUUUCAAUGUGCUUGAUCAUAUGCAUGAUGUGCCUGUAGAAGUUGUUGAUUUUUACGUUUGGUUUGAUUCGAUAUAAUCUAAAAUCAAGCUUGGCUAAUAUACUUCAAUGCUUGGUCUCUAGUGCUCUUUGGAAUGCAUCAAACUCUUUUUCUUAAAGUUCAAUCCUUCUCUCAAUCAAGAUAGACCUAUUCUGAAUAUCAUUGAAGCUUUCUUGCUUUACCUUAGUCUGGAACCUGAUUCAUACCAUAAUAAGCAUUUUCCAUUGUCUUUUGUUCAAAAGAAUUAGAGAGAAUAAUGGAUUAUUUUUUAUAUGAGGUCUCUUUCAUCAAUUUCUAUAAUCUAAAUUGGACUGUAUUUAGAACGAUUAUUUCCAUAUGCACUACAAGAAAUGUCUUAUUUACACAUUCUUGAGUCAAUUAAAUUGUUGUCCAGUAGCAUUGCAAAUAUUGAUUCCAGUAGCAAAAUCUGCAUAAAACAUCAUUUCUGGAUUAAUUUGAUAUCAUGUGGUUUUCAUCCAGAUUUGAUGGUUUUCAAGCUUUGUCCAAGUUUGCCUAGUGAUUUCAACUGUGUCUAAAGUAAUUCCAACUCAUAUUCAUCACAGAAUAGUAGAAUUAGUGGUUGAGUUCAUCACAAUCUGGUUUCAAAUUCUGCAUUCAAAUAUAAUUCUCGGUUCAUAUUGUGCAAAUUGUUUCUGACCAGAUUUUGUGUCUCUAAAUCUUGGUGCAAGUUUGUUUGAAGUUUCUAAACAUGUUUCAAGUUGUACAAACUCUGAUUAACCACUGAUUUGUCAAAAGCAUAAUUGAGUUGAUUCAAAAUUUUGUAAACCAGUGUUGUCACAACUUAUCUAGUAUCUUUUUGCACCGUGCUUAUAGUCUUUGUUUGGUAUUAGGUGCUUCAAUUCUGCUAGCUGUUUAUCUGUAGUUAGAUGUAGUGUUUUUAGGCAUUCUUUGAGUCUUUAAUUGAGUUAUCCAGCUUUGAAUGCACUACUUUCUCAAUUCUCCAACAAUUUUAGUUCAUUUUUCUGCACUUUUAGCAACUGCAACCUUGUUUUGGUGACUCUGCCUAUUUCAGAGCAUUUUAAACAUUUGUGCAAGUGUAUUUCACCAUUUGAAACUUGUUUCAACUGUUGCCUUGGUCCAUUUUCAUUAAAUCUGCAAAAUCAUAGUUUGACUUCCCAUUUUUGUUUGAAAUUUGGAACUCAACAAGUGAUAGUGUGAUUCAGUAGAUUUUGGCACAGUUUGGUUGUUUCUAUACAUAUAUUUGGUGCAUCAAAGUUCAUCUUUACUGUUCCUUUGGUUACUUUUGCACCAUUUCACCAAAUUACAUCUUCCUACCGUAGCAUUGUUUCAAUAUAGGAAGUGGACAUUGGCUACAUCUUACUUUGGAGUGAUUGUUGCAUUUUAUCUGUUUCUACCUCUGGCGUUAGAGGUUGCUUUCACUCUCUCUUGCAUGCUUCUCUAUACACUUUUGCCUUAAAUUUUUUGUUCGUUAUAUUCUCCAAACACUAGACAUGUUACUUCUUGUCCAAACCAAGCCUAGAGGUCUGUGACAUCUGUGUAUGGAGAAGCAUUUAUUUUCUCAUUGCGUUUUGUACUUGGGUGAUAGAAGCAUAGAAUAUGAUCAUAAGUUAGCUAUAUUUAGGAGAUGGUUGUAAUGAGAAGUGAGGAAGAAGUGAUAUAGAGAGUCUCACGCCCAGGCGCGGCGGGCGCGACUUUACAGAGAGUCUCACAUUCUGCAGCAGCCCAGCGCCCUGUUUUUUUUUUUCGCCCUUCGAAAAUUACCGAGGGCCAUUACCGAAGGCUUUUGGCCCUCGGUAAUUACCGAAGGGCGAAAGCCCUCGAUAAAUGUUAGCGACAAGCGAUUUACCGAGGGCUCUUUGGCCGUUAAUAAGCCUUCGGUAAUUACCUUUUACCGACGGUUUUGGGCUGUUUCCGAGGGCUUCUGGCCUUCAGUAAUGUCCUUCUUUUUUGUAGUGAAAUUUUGCUAAGUGAAUUGCAACACAUGCUUAAUCCACUAGUAA